AUAUAAUGCGGCCCAGCCCAUACUAGGCAAGAACCGGUUUAAUUAUUGAAUCAUUCAUAGCUUACAUAACCCAUAAAAUUAGGCCCAGCCCAUAUACCUAAAAAAACCUCAUAAGUCCGUAUAUCGCGGAGCAAACGCAAAAAUACAGAGAAAGCGAGACAAUAUCGCGAUCGGCUUCUUCAGCCUCACCCGACCACAGUGCGACCACUCAAUCGCUAUCGCGUUUUCUGUCCGAUUGCCGGAGUUUGAGAAGAAAAAAAUGAGGGCAAAAGCUGUGUGGGAGGCAGAGUACCACAGAGUGUUUCUAGAUCUAUGCGUGGAGCAGACUAUGUUAGGGAACAAACCAGGCACACAUUUUUCUAAAGAAGGUUGGAGGAAUAUAUUAAGUUCGUUUCAGGAGCAGACAGGUGUCAUGUACGAUAGGAUGCAGCUUAAGAAUCAUUGGGAUACAAUGAGCAGACAGUGGAAGAUAUGGUGUAGGCUUGUUCAAACUGAUUACAUGAGUUGGGAUCCCGAGAGUAAUACUUUUGGUGCGAGUGAUGAAGAAUGGGUUUACUAUUUACAGGAGAAUCCUGAUGCAGGGCAGUAUAGGUUGAGUGUACCACAAGAUCUAGAGAAGCUAGAGAUUCUCUUUGCGGGUAGUAAUAAUAAUGUAGAGGUUAGGGAUGAUGAUGAAGUCUUGGGAGUAAGGAAGAGGAGAAGAAGUGGUCAUGGAGUUAAAGAAGAAGAAGAUGAAGAAGAUAGUCGAAGCAUGUGUAGCUCUUCUAAUCCUCAGACGAAAGGGUAUUGGUCUCCAUCUACACACGAGCUGUUUCUUGAUCUGUUGGUGCAAGAGACUUUGAAAGGAAACAGACCUGACACGCAUUUUAACAAGGAAGGGUGGAAGACUAUUUUCGAGGCGAUUAAUGAAAGAACAGGACUUGGUUAUACAAGAGGGCAGUUGAAAAACCAUUGGGAUUGUACUAGGAAAGCUUGGAAGAUCUGGUGUCAGCUCGUUGGAGAUGAUACCAUGAAAUGGGAUCCAGAAAGUGGUAGUUUCGGUGCAACAGAAGAGGAGUGGAGAAACUAUAUUCGAGAGAAUCCAAGAGCAGGACAGUUCCGUCACAAGGAAGUUCCUCAUGCUGAUAAACUCUCCAUCAUCUUCAGUGGAGUUAUAGAACCAGGAGAGACAUACACUCCUCCCUCUCGGAAGAAGCUUCUCCUCCGUGAUCGUUCCGAGUCACCACAGUUUCAAGAAGAUGAAGCAGAUUACAACGAGAAACCGGCUAAAAGGUUGGAUGUUGUGAAGUUAACGAGUGGGGGUAUGUUGCAAGAGAGUCCAGUAUGCGUUGAGAUAGAAUCAGCAAAAAGGAUGUACUGUAUUGGAGAAUGCAUUGAAAGCCUUAAUGCGAUGAAAGAGGUGGAAGAAGGGAGUGAUCUCUACAUGUUUGCUUUGGAUCAGUUUCUGAAAAGAGAGUAUAGAGAGAUCUUCUUAGAGCUGAAGAAGCCUAGUUUGAAAAUUGCAUGGUUGCAGAGACUUCAAUCUGCAGCGCUUUCUAAUACUACAACUUAGGUUCCUCUAAUCUUCAAGUACUUUAAAAACCUCUAUUUAUGUCUGGUUUAUAUCCAAAACUAUAUUUCAUUUGUUACAUUUGAUUGAAUCUAUAGAGAAAAAGUCACUUGGA